GUAAACACGCAUCUCAAAACACGUGAGGAAAAGCGUCCCUCGCCUUGGAUAUUUUUAUUUUAUUUUAUACGUUCUAAGAAGUUUAAUUCAGAGGAUUUUGGAAGAGAAUUAUUCUUCUAUGCAUUCUAAUUGUGUUAACUUAUUAUGCGAAGAGAUAAGUUGUGGAAAGAACAUUAUUACCACCUUAAAAUUUGAAGAAACACAAAAGAAAUGGUUGUGCUGAAUCUAGAUGCUGCAGUACAACCAGUUCACUACAGAGUUAAAAUGUCAGACAACGAGGAAGAGAACGUGGAGGCACCAAAGGGCCCAGUGGAGAAUGCUUGGUCAGUCAAGAUGCCUGAGUUUAAGAAAGGAGAUAUGAAAAGCCACCUCCUUGAGGAGAGCUCAUUUUCACUUCUGUUCCCCAAAUACCGUGAGAGAUACAUAAGGGAAUGCUGGCCUUUAUUGGACAAAACUCUGAAGGAACAUGGAAUCAAGGCUGAACUGGAUCUUAUCAAAGGAAGCAUGAAAGUAGCAACCACACGAAGUACUUGGGAUCCCUAUGCUAUCAUUAAGGCGCGAGAUAUUAUUAAACUGCUCAGUCGGUCAGUCCCAAUAGAGCAGGCAGUGAGAGUUCUACAGGAUGGUAUCACACAUGAAAUUAUUAAGAUUGGAGGCAUGAUUCGCAACAAAGAGAGAUUCAUAAAACGCAGGCAGAGAUUGAUUGGUUCAAACGGAACGACGUUAAAAGCAUUAGAAUUAUUAACAGAUUGCUAUGUGCUUGUUCAGGGACAGACAGUAUCAACCAUUGGUCCAUAUAAAGGAGUUCUUGAGGUUGUACGUUUUGUAACAGACACCAUGAACAACAUUCAUCCGGUGUACCUCCUCAAGUCUCUGAUGAUCAAAAGACAUCUGGCCAACAGUCCGGACAAAAAGAAUGAAGACUGGUCCAGAUUCUUGCCUAAAUUCAAGAGCAAAAAUGUACAAAGGAAGAAGCCAAAGGUGAAGAAGGACAAGAAACCCUACACUCCCUUCCCCCCAGAGCCCCAGGAGAGGAAGAUCGACAAGGAACUGGCAGAAGGCAAAUACUUCGUGGACCAGGAGGAGCGUAAUGCCGCAAAGAGGAAGAGACCCAACGAGGAGAAGAAGAAGGCGGUGGCUGAGAAGCAGAAGGAGAAAAGAGCAAAAUCCUUUGUACCACCCGAAGAACCACAGCACAAGCCAGACAAACCCAAACAAGGCAGUGCAAAUGUUGAUGUCGAGGCAUUGAAAAAGAAAGUCAAGAAGAGAAAAACAAUAGGUUAAGUUUUUUUUUUUUUUUUCCUGGAAAAGAUAAAUGUUAGGCUAUUCAGGUCAUUCAGUUCUUUAAUGUAGGACUAUUAGAUUUGAAGUGCAUGUCUAAACUCCCACAGAUACUGUAUUGCAGAGUUUAAUGAAUGGGCCCUAAUAUAUUUCCAAAAGAUGACCUCUUUGUGUUUUUAAUAACCUUUCCCUGAUAUCAAUCAGAUAUAUUUAGUAGAGUAAGGAUUGUGAAGUGAGAAUUUACAUUCCUCUUUCUAAUAGAAAACUUGUUAUUAUUACUUCAUAUUUUUGUUUAUGUCAAAUUUUCUUUUUUCUGAGUUUAAUACAUUUUUUAUCAUCAUACUAGUAGAAUAGUAUAUAAUGUGAUAUAAUAGAUAUUUAUCCAAAGGAAAUAGUUUUUGUGUUCUCUUUAAUCUAUUUUUUCUAUUUAGAGGAUUAGAUUUUACAUUAGGAUAAAGAUGAAGAAAACGCCCAAGUAGUGAAGGCUACUUGACAGACAUAUCCUCAUGUUCUAUUUACUUUUGAGUAUUGGUGAAUACAAACUACAGAGUACAUCAACUGCAUUGUAAAUUUACAUAAAAACUCAAAUCUCUAUUCAUAUACUACCCCUUCUCUUGGAUGUACUGUUCAAGAUCUCUGAUGUUCAGUUUUUCUUUUGUUGCUUUCAUUUGACAUUUCUUUAAACCACUGAUGCCAGGAACAUUAUCAUCAUGAUAAUCAUUAUUGUGAUAUUGCUAAUAGCAAUAAUAAUUGUAAUGAAUAUAUACACAUUCUAAUAGAAGAAUCAAGGCAUGGGGAAAAUCGGUAAUGUUAGGUAAGCCUAGUCACUGACUCCUUGGUGACAAAGCAGUUGUUGAGUUGUGAUAGAUAAUAAUAACAAAAGAAAAACAUAAUAGACAGUGUGUGUAUAAUACCAUCUACUUGCCUUCUUUAUGUGAACAAACACAAACUAUGUCAGUAAAUAUCUAGCAUUACCAGUGGCAUAUGUGUCCAUUUCCUAUUUUUGUGAAGUGAUCUUUCUCUGUUAAUUUCUACAAAGCUGCAGUGUGAUGUGGAUAUGAUGCAAUCUAACUCAAGAAAGUUUACUAAGUAAGCAAAGAAUCAUUUUAGGACGUGUUUUUGUACAAAUAAACUUACUCAGUCUCCCAUA